AUGAGCCAGCAACAACAGCAUACAGAGAAUGAUAAGCAGAAGGAGGCACAAUUAAAGCAUGAUAAAAAAUUGAGUGAAUUUCUAGGUUUGUUAGAGACGAAUGAGCCAUUAAUACCAGACCAAGUUACAGAUCACUAUCUCAAUAAAGCUGGCUUUGAAUGUAAUGAUCCACGCCUUAAACGAUUAUUUGCUUUAGCCUCGCAGAAGUUUAUUAGUGAUAUCGCCAAUGACGCUUACCAAUAUGCUCGUAUUAGAACGACCGCAGGCCCUGGUGGCAGAGGUAGACCAACAGGCACCAGUAAAAGUAAAACCGUUCUCACUUCAGACGAUCUCACCGCUGCAUUAAGUGAUUAUGGAAUAAACGCUCGUAAACCUGAUUAUUAUAUUUAA